UCUCUCUCUCUCUGCCAGACAGCCCAGACAGAGGAACAACAUGGAUCCAAACACGACGGUUUUGCGAGUCAAGCGAAAAAGGGGGACCGACCCCGCAGAUGCUUUGUUGCUGGCAUGUAAACGGAUCCGACCGGAAACGGCCCAGAGCUCAGGCGAAACGGUACCUGAGCCCAAUGAAGCCGAGGUGGAGAACUCAGUCUUCAAACUCGUGGCGACCGUAGCGACACAGGAUGCUCCCGUUCAGACCCAGGUCCGACAGGCUUUGGCUCGGCCUCGCAUGGCCCACGCAAUGCGCCCCUCUGCUGCCAGUUCCAAAAGGAUAAUUGGGGACCUACGGAGCACAAAGUGGAGCACCCGGAGGGAGGAACGCUACAGGAUACUGUCCAGUCACCGUACAGGGCUGUCAAGUCCAACUGAGCCACAGAGCCCUCAGACCAAUGCCCCUGAGAACGAAGGGGAGACUGAGAAAGAGCAAGACAAAUGUUGGGGUCUUGGUGAAAUCCAGGUGGUUGAUCUCAUACAUGAGGAUGCAGAGGAACACGGCAAAUCUUCUUCCAAGACGUUGCCUUCGGAUCCGGAAGUCAUCCUGUGUAACAGCACAAAGAUGCUGCGGGAGCAUCUGAGCAUAUCUGGAGAGGGACUGGGUGAAGAACACCGAGAGGACGAGGACUACGUCUAUGAUCUUUACUACCAGGAAACAAUCACACCAGGGUGGAUCCAGGACAUCCUGUCUGUCAGGGCCUAUGCUGAUGAGGGAGAACUGGUGCCUGACCUUGUGGUUCAUGAAGAGGAGGUGUAUGAAGAUGAGGAUGAUGAAAAUGAGGAAGGCAACUGGAGGAAUGACUACCCUGAUGAAGACAGUGAUGCAGACAGUGACAGAGAGGAACGCUAUGGUGGUUACUGGGAGGAGGAACACUCGUACAGCCGGAGGAGCUGGGAGAGCUACCAGAGGGAAGUGCUGCAUGAGCUGGGCUGCCGUGGUGAAGAUAAUGAUGAGGAGGAGGAGGAUGAUGAUGAUGGAGACAAAUACAAUUCCGAUUGAUCUACCCCCUUAACCCACACUGUCAGUGGAUCUUCCCAAUGCCCUCUCCUUAGAUAACACCGUACUCCAUAGACAUCUGUGUAGUUGAGAGAGGAGGAAAGCAACUGCUAGAAUGGCACACAAUAUGGCAACAUGCCUGACAAAAUUUUCUUUAAGAAAUGCAAUCUUAAAAUGUAGCAAUUAAUGUGUAGCACUCAUCAGAUUUUUAUUACGUUCCUAAUUUCAAGUAUUAUUAACAUCAGUAAAAAUGUAACAGGUAAAAUUUCAUGUGCCAAAGUAUAACAAAGUCACUGAGUCACAAAACGUGUAGACAACCAAAAUGCACGUUACUUACAUACCACAUCACACAGCUUUUUAGUGUGAAAUCAUCUCUCUCUUUACUACAGAUUCUUAAGGAGUAGGUGUUAUUUCUAGAGGGAUCCAGUGUCUUUUUUUUUUUUUUUUUUUUUUAAUUGUGGUGGAGUGAUUUUGUGUGUGGGUGUUUGUUCAAAGUGGAUGCGUGUUAGAAAUAUUGCACAUUAGUGUGAUAUGCCUCGUAUGCUUUGUGCUGUUAACAGUUCUGUUAGUGAGAUGUCUUGGGCCGUGUGUGGUUGCAAUUUAGGGUGUUUGCAUUUUGUGCAUGGUAGUGUUUGGGUGUGUGUAUGUGUAUGUAUAAUUGUGUGUUAGAUUUCUGCAUAAUUCGAAAGCGUGUUGCAACUUUUUGUGUUGUGUGUGUGUGUGUGUGUGGGUCAGAAAUCCCCCUUGAAUUUCUUGGAUGCUUGUUGAAUUCAACUUUUGUAAAUAUGUAGAUGUGUAUAAAAAGAAAGCUUUCAAAAUAAACAUAAAACAUA